UGUAGAAAUGUUAAAAUGGGGUAGGGUAGGGAGCCCGGCAGAGGCGGAGAGGGGAUAUACGUCUCGGGAUACAGGAAAUACGGUAGGAGAGAAACCCGGAGGAAGCUCUGGGUCUGGAGGGGAGGGGACCCGCCGCCAUCUCAGGUCUCUGCCUGGCUGGGGCCCACCCGAGAGAGCUGACGCCCAGGUCCUAGAAUCCUUAUGGGGGACCAACCUUGUCCCUCCGGGCGAUCCACGCUCCCGUCUGCCAACACGCGAGAAAGCAAGCCUCCAAGAAAGCGCUGCCUCUUAGCUCCAAGGUGGGAUUAUCCAGAAGGGACCCCAAACGGAGGUACCGCUCUUCCCUCAGCACCUCCUCCGGCAUCUCCCGGCCUGAAGUCGCACCCUCUUCCUCCGGAGAAGUCAUAGAAUACACUUCUCCCACCCUAAACCAGUUUUGGAGGGAUUGCAGUAUGACUCCAUUCCCAUGGUGCGUUCAUAAAACAGUUUAUCCAGUGACAACAAUGAAGGUUAUUGACAACACUACCCUCAUUUUUCUGUUCUUCUGCACUGGAAAAUUGUGAUUUUUUAAGGGAUGCCUCUUGGUAAAUACCAGAUUGCUUGUCCCAUAGGCCUAUCUUUGGAAACCACCUGCAUCAUAACCUCCUGAAAUGAGAGACAACUGAUAACUGAACUGUUUCCAAGACUGAGACUGGUUUUAAAACUUAUAUAUAAUGAUCAUGUCCUGAUUGGACCUAUCCUAAGGCUUCAACAUGAAAAUUGACACAAAUAUUGAGCUGAACAUAAACUCAUAUGGCAAGCAUGUCUCUUGCCCAUACCCCACCCCCUUCACAAGGAACAUAACGGACCCAAGAAAGGCAUUGUCACCUUGGCAUCGAGGGGGUUUAAAAUGUUUUGUUUGAUCUAUGAUGGUUUUUGAAAGAAAAAUCUUAACCAAAGGGGGGAAAGUAGGAAUGGAGUAAAAAAUAAAAUGGAGUCACUAUAA